AUGGCUGAACAAGGCCUUUUCUCGUCCGACCUCAUCUCUCCUAGCGUUUCUGCUGCUCUCCCAGAAGGCUACACGGCCCGUUCCCUGCGAUUGUCCGAUUACGAUGCGGGUUUCCUCGACUGUCUACGUGUUUUGACGACCGUAGGCGAAAUUAGCAAAGAGCAGUUUGCCGAAAGAUACCAAUGGAUGUCAUCGCAAGACACGUACUACGUCCUUGUCAUCGAGGAUACAUCGAGGGGAAAGAUUGUAGGAACUGGAGCUCUACUUGUAGAAAGGAAAUUUAUCCAUAGCCUUGGCCUAGUCGGUCAUAUCGAAGAUAUCGCCGUCGCCAAGGAUCAACAAGGGAAGAAGCUCGGCCUUCGUUUAAUCCAAGCGCUCGACUUCAUCGCCGAGAAGGUCGGUUGCUAUAAGACUAUCCUCGACUGCAGCGAAGCAAACGAAGGGUUCUACGUAAAAUGUGGAUUCCGAAGGGCUGGUUUGGAAAUGGCCCAUUACUAUAACAGUGAUAAGAGUAAGGCCCAGUGA